CACAUAUUAUUAUUACUAUUAUUUUUCUUAAAGUAACAAUGGAUUGUUACUUUAAUAAAGAAGACCAAAUUAAAAAUACUGUAUUUAAACAAAAUAAUAAUUCAGUGCCAAUAGACCUUUUUAAAAACCAAGAAAACAAGAUAAUGUUUCCCUGGCAGCAGCAGCAGCCUCCCCUUUCACCUCCACCUUGUCAUCAUAAAGAACUUCCUCUUCUUUCUUCUCGACCUAAUUAUUUUUCAACCAAUCAUAGUUGGCACCCUCUUUGGACAACUACUUCUUCUACCUGGCAAAAUAACGAUGUUCCAAAGAGAAGUCGCUCUAUAUCAGCUAAUACUGCGGAUGAUUAUUUUCUAUUCAAAAAAGACAAUGACUAUUCUUCUUCUUCUACUACUACUACUACUACUGAUAAAUCAUCAUUUAAAACUCCGUCUACAACAGGUUUCAUGGAGAAAAAUUCUAUUUGGUCAUUUGAAGAACGUCGACAUUCGAUUGCUGUCAUUCAACCACCCCUUGUUAGACCUAUCACUCCACCACAGCAAGUGAAUCAAUUAAUUCAGCAACUACAGCAACAGCAACAACAAAUUGAUGAAUAUUUCAGUCCAACAACGGCUGUUAUCGAUGUCCAAUACCUUGGAAAGGGAAUCUCUAUUCAACAAUUAGAUAAGAAAUCAAUAGUUUAUCAAAUUCAAUUCAAGUCAAACUAUCAAUUCGAUUAUUUUUAUAUUCAACCUGAAGAUACUUUAAUGCGAGUCCAAUUAAAUGACAUGGUCAUUGUAGAAGCAGAUCGAGGUUAUGAUCUUGGUAGAAUUAUUCAUAUUUUGCCACAAAAGUCAUUGCCGGAUCAUGUUCACAAUCUGAAGCGUAUCUUUAGACAUGCUAAUUCUGCUGAAUUAUCUACUUAUGAAUUAAAGCGUCAGGAUGAAGAAAAGGCUUUAAUCAUCUGUCAAGCGAAAAUUAAACAAAAGAAUCUAAACAUGGAAGUUGUAGAUGCAGAAUACCAAUGGGAUAGACGCAAAUUAACAUUUUAUUUUAAAGCCGAUGAACGAAUUGAUUUUCGUGAAUUAGUUCGUGAAUUAUUCAAGAUCUAUAAAACACGUAUUUGGAUGUGUGCUUAUUCUUCAACAUCGCCAACUUCAUCAACCUGUACACCUAUUUACUCUUAAGUUUUUUCUUCUUAAUACCCGUCAUUUAUAAUGAUAUGUAUCACACAUGUAUUUAGAUCUAUUGCAUUCUAUAUAAAAAAUUGCUUUAUAAAAAAGAAUUGCUAUUUUUCUUUUUCUUUUUUU